UCCUGACUGACAUUGCACACAGCAAUUCAGAAGCUUGUCCGCAGUUUUAACUAACCAACCAGCGAUUUAGCUCUCGCUGUUUGCGGAAGUGGAGCAGCCAUUGCGGAGGCAAGUUUAAUGUUUACGUUUCUCCGUAGUGUGGUGGGAAUUUGACAGCUAAAGGUGAAACGCAACUUUAUUUCAACCCAGCGAUGAGCGCUUGUUCACUGGAGUGUCCCAACCGUCAGGAGGGCGUCUGUGUCCCCGCCAAGCGGCUCUGUCUGGGGUCGGUCGACGUUGGAGUACACGAGCCAGACAAGCCGGUAGAUGUGUCCAUAGUGAUGCCAGUACACAACGCCACCUGCUGGCUGGAUGAGUGUUUGCAGGGGAUUCUGAACCAGGACUUCACAGGCUCAAUGGAGCUGUCCGUGUACGACGACGCCAGCACCGAUGGAUCCAGAGCGAUCGUGGAGGGAUGGAGGGAACGACUGGAGAGGAGAGGUGUUUCCCUGGUGAUCUCUAGUCAUGACUCCACCCAACCCAGAGGAGUGGGUUAUGCCAAGAACCGAGCUGUGGGUCAGAGUUCUGGAGAAUACCUCUGCUUUCAGGACGCUGAUGAUAUGAUGAUGCCACAGAGAAUACGUCUGCAGUAUGAAGCCUGCCUUCUACACAAAACCUCUCUGAUUGGCUGUCAGGUGCGGAGGGAUCCGGAGGGAUCUACUGAACGCUACACACGCUGGAUCAACAACGUCAGCCAGGAGCAACUCGCCACCCAGGUGUACACCUCUCAUGGUCCCACAGUCAUCAUGCCAACCUGGUUCUGUUCCAGAGAUUGGUUCCAGCGAGUCGGAAACUUUGACGAGGGCGGCAAGGGCGUUCCAGAGGAUCUGUUGUUCUUCUACCGUAGUGUUGCUCAGGGAGGAGGUGUGGUCAGAGUGGAUCAAUGUUUACUGGUCUACCGUUACCAUCAGCAGGCUGCAACACACACCGUCCUGGAGGAAACCAUUUGGAACCACAGAGUGGCCUUUCUACAGGAGAGAGUGAUCAACCAAUGGAAAGCCUUUACCAUAUGGAAUGCUGGGAAACAGGGGCGGAAACUCUACCGCAGCCUCACUCACACCAAUCAGAAGAAGGUCACAGCAUUCUGUGAUGUGGACGAGAACAAGAUCAAGAAAGGCUUCUAUACUUAUGAGGAUUCCAAGGUCCUGGAGCUGAGGCAACACAGAUGUCAUCAUUCCCAUGUUCCUCGGUUCUCUGCUUCACAGGAGAGGCCCAAGCCUAAGAUCCCAGUACUGCACUACAAAGAUGCGGCUCCGCCCUACAUCAUCUGUGUGAAGCUGGACAUGACAUGUGGAGUAUUUGAGGAAAACCUGAAGUCCCUUAGUCUCAAGGAAGGUGUGGACUACCACCACUUCAACUGACACUCCAGGACGAAAAGAUGAAGAGGAGAAUGGAUGACCACCACCACUUCAACUGACACUCCAGGACGAAAAGAUGAAGAGGAGAAUGGAUGACCACCACCACUUCAACUGAUACUCCAGGACAAAAAGAUGAAGAGGAGAAUGGAUGACCACCACCACUUCAACUGACACUCCAGGACAAAAAGAUGAAGAGGAGAAUGGAUGACCACCACCACUUCAACUGACACUCCAGGACGAAAAGAUGAAGAGGAGAAUGGAUGACCACCACCACUUCAACUGAAACUCCAGGACGAAAAGAUGAAGAGGAGAAAGGAUGACCACCACCACUUCAACUGAUACUCCAGGACGAAAAGAUGAAGAGGAGAAUGGAUGACCACCACCACUUCAACUGAUACUCCAGGACGAAAAGAUGAAGAGGAGAAUGGAUGACCACCACCACUUCAACUGACACUCCAGGACGAAAAGAUGAAGAGGAGAAUGGAUGGAGGGAGGGAGGAAGAGAUUAAUGGCUGGAUGGAGGGAUGAAUGCUGGAGAGGUGACUGAAUAAAGGGAUGAAUGCUGGAGAGGUGACUGGAUGGAGGGAUGAAUGCUGGAGAGGUGACUGGAUGGAUGGAGGGAUGAAUGCUGGAGAGGUGACUGGAUAAAGGGAUGAAUGCUGGAGAGGUGACUGGAUAAAGGGAUGAAUGCUGGAGAGGUGACUGGAUAAAGGGAUGAAUGCUGGAGAGGUGACUGGAUAAAGGGAUGAAUGCUGGAGAGGUGACUGGAUAAAGGGAUGGAGGGAUGGAAAUGUGCCUGCGUGCAGGUGACACUGUCCAUGUUGAUCGUGGAGAAAUAAAAAUACACGCUUUUAUAAAUCAAUCAAAUAUAUUUUAUAAAGCCUGUUUCACAUCUGCAGCCUGUAUAUGAACUGGAUUUCCACAUCAACACGCACUGACCACUGUCACAAAAAUAAACUAAUUCCCUGGA